ACGUGGCGCCGCCUGCGCGUGUGCGCACGGCGCCAGGGCCACCCUAGCCGUUGCGGCUGCAGCUCUAUGGUCUGUAGAACUCGGAGGUGUCGGGGCAGCUGCUGCGGUCGUGCGGGUUGCAGGCCCCGAGCGGCAGCGGCAUGGAGGAAUUCGACUCCGAAGACUUCUCUACGUCGGAGGAGGACGAGGACUACGUGCCAUCGGGUGGAGAAUAUAGUGAAGAUGACGUCAAUGAAUUGGUGAAGGAAGAUGAAGUAGAUGAAGAGGAGACACAGAAAACCAAAGGGAAAAAGAGGAAGGCCCAGAGCAUUCCCGCCAGGAAGAGAAAACAAAGUGGCCUCUUGUUGGAAGACGAAGAGGAGGAUGGCAAGGAAGAAUCUGGAGGAAGUAGUGAGGAAGGUGAAGAGCAAGAAAGAAGCCUUGGGUCAGAGACCUCACGGAAGAAGAAGGAGGACGAAUUGUGGGCCAGCUUCCUUAAUGAUGUGGGGCCGAAGUCGAAAGUGGCCCCAAGUGCACCGGUUAAGGCAGCAGAGGAGACUGAAGAGACAAGUUCAAGUAAAUUGCUAGUCAAAGCAGAAGAGCUAGAAAAACCUAAAGAAACAGAGAAGGUGAAAAUUACCAAGGUGUUUGAUUUUGCUGGUGAAGAAGUGAGGGUGACGAAGGAAGUGGAUGCUACAUCUAAGGAAGCCAGAUCUUUCCUCAAGCAAAAUGAGAAAGACAAACCGCAGGGCAGCGCCCCUUCGGCUGCGCUCCUGCUUCCUGCUGGGUCAGGGAUAAAAAGAUCAAGUGGCAUGAGCAGCCUUCUGGGGAAAAUUGGAGCCAAGAAACAGAAAAUGAGCACCCUUGAGAAGUCCAAGUUGGACUGGGAGAGCUUCAAGGAGGAAGAAGGAAUUGGUGAAGAAUUAGCCAUCCAUAAUCGAGGGAAAGAGGGGUACAUUGAACGGAAAGCUUUUCUAGACCGAGUGGACCACAGGCAGUUUGAAAUCGAGCGAGAUCUCAGGCUGAGCAAAAUGAAACCUUGACAUUUGGGGGAGAAUCAGUAGCAUCUUAAUCCUGUUGACAAUGUGAGCUUUUCUGUGUCUGUGAACUAUUUCCAGCGUUUCAUUAUGUUUCCCAGCAAGGCCUUUUUUCUACGUUAAGUUGGUUUAUGUAUCUUACUCUCACCUGGGUUCAUUCAUUUUACUUUUUAAAAGUUAUCCUUAAAUAAACUAGAAAUUGGCCCUCUGUGAGGCUGGUAAAGG